AUCCGGAUUGUCAAGAACACAACACUGGAAGGGCAUGGCAGGCUGAGGGAAUUGUGUAAGAAUGAUUUGAAACUGAGGAAAGACGAAAAAUUAGGUAGAGUUGUAAAGAAAUACCCUCCUUCCUGACUGUCCUUUAGCCUCCGCACUCUUACCUGCACGGCUUGGAGCUUGUAACACUUAGUAGCCAACAGGAAUGUACAAGCAGAAGACAAGCAUGGCCAGCAUUGUGACCACUGAGCAGCAGUUGAGACUGUCAUGAACCAAGACCUCCCUGUAACAACAAUAAACCUCCCCAGGCACCUAAAUGGCUGAGGGGCUGCGGCGACAAGUAUUGUCCGUCUACCGCCACAUCUUGCGUGUCGGGCGGCGGUGGGAGGCCCUGGAGCCGGCACACACCCAGGAGGAGCGGCAGUACAUCUUGGCGGAGGCGCGCACUCUUUUCCGAGCUAACCAGCACCUCACGGAUUCCGCCACCAUCAGGGAGUGUCUGGUGGAGGCUGAGUCACGGCUUGAGAUUGCCCUGCACUACCGGACGCCCUUCCCUCGUCCCGUCAACAUGCCACCCCUCACCAUUACCAAGUCCUGGGGCAAGAGGAACCUCCAGCGACAAAGACGUGCCCGUCCUGUCUAUGUUAAGUCUCUGGACACUGAGCCAACUUAGAAUGUGGGGUAUCUUUAUUGUUUAUUGUUAUUGUUUGCGUGGAAGACUUCAAACUGCAUAAUAGACCAAAGUAGAGAGUGUAGAUAGACAUGAAUGAAUGCUUUUUUUUUAUGCAUCUUCCAGUGAAAAGUUUCGAGGACUCUACGGAGACUUGAGCCGAGGAGGUUUUGAGAUUUUUGCCUCGUAUUUACAUCUCGAGUGUGUUUAUGUUCCUUCUUGUGGAUGCUUAUAAAGAUUUCAUGCAUUGUCUCUAGUGCUGUUAAUUGUUUUGUAUUGCAGUGAAAGAGUGGAGGUGAGAGGCAGGUAAGAACAGGUGUAUAGUGUAGUAAAGACAGGUGUAUAGUGUCAAGGUGAGAGGCAGGUAACAGUUGUAUAGUGGUAAGGUGUGAGAGGCAAGUAGGAGGUGGUGUAUAGUGAAGUGAAGGCAGGUGUACAGUGAAAGUGUGAAAAGCAGGUGUAUAGUGAAUGAAGGCAGGUGUGUAUAGUAGUGAAGUUUGAGAGGCAUGAGUGAAGUGUGUAGUGGCAAGGCAUGAGAGGCAAGUGGUGGUGGUGAUGGUAGUGUCACGUAUUGAAUAGUGUAUAUAAGUAAGUUAUGAGGGGCAGGUAUGAGGUGAUGGUGGUGGUGAUAGUGGUGUCAUGUAUAGAAUGGUGAGAAGUGCUUAUCUUUGUACACUGAAUGCCUCUUCAUAUGAGUGACUGGGGAGUUAAGUGUACUUCAUAGUAAAUAAAGAUGUAUAUAUUUUGA